GGAAAGAAGAGAGCACUCUUAGUUGGCGUCAACUACUACGGUACAAUGAGCGAACUUUCUGGCUGUAUUAGUGAUGUCUUGAAAAUGAAGACAUUUUUGAUGAGUUUCCAUGGUUUCAGAGAUUCGGACAUCAUUCUCUUGACCGAUGAUACAAAGGAUCCAUUCCUUAUGCCUACAAACCACAACAUUCGUAAGGCUAUGGGAGAAAUGUGCAGAGACAGCCAGUUAAACGACUCUUUCUUCUUCCACUUCAGCGGACACGGUGGAAAUGUUGACGACACUAAUGGUGAUGAAAUCGACGGAAAGGAUGAGACCAUCUGCCCUUGCGACUAUUCAUAUGAGGGUGAAAUUAUAGACGAUGACAUGUAUGAUCUUAUGGUCAGACCAUUGUGCGAAGGAGCUCGCCUUACAGCUGUUUUCGACAGCUGUCACUCCGGAACUGCACUCGAUCUUCCUUACGUAUACUCUCCCGAGGGUAACAUUAAGUCAAAGAGUUUAGUCAGACAAGCUGGAGAAGGACUUUUGGGAAUUUCUACAACUCACAAAGGCGGAGCAAUGAGCUUAAUAUCCUCAUUCAUGGGACUUGGCCAAGAGAUGAUCAAGACUCGUCAAAUUGAAGCACAUCAACGUGAAUUAAAUACCUCACCAGCUACUGUUAUCAUGUUCUCAGGAUGUGACGACCAUGAAUAUUCUAGAGUUGCUACUGUUUCCAAUGAGUCAAUAGGCGCAGUAAGCUACGCAUUUAUCAGAGCCCUCACCGAGAAGCCAGAUCAGACUUACCUAGAGCUAUUGAAGAACGUCCGAAAGAUGACUGUACUCAAAUACGACCAGACACCACAAUUAAGCACUUCGCAUCCCAUUGAUCUUAACCAGAGAUUCAUUUGUUAAUAUAAUCAGCAUAUCAAAUACAUAUUCAUUCAAUAUAUACAUAAUUACUCAAUAUAUACCUUUAUUUACC